UGUUUUGGUUAUCUUUGAAUGCAUCAAAUUAUCUCCCACUUUCUGUCAUAUGAAUAUAAAUAAGGAUUGUUUUUCAUAUGUGAUUACAAAAUUAUAAUUGAGAGAAGUGAUAAAGAUUUUAAAAAACAUCAUUAAACAAUCGUAGAAUGUUAUGAAAAUGAACAGUAACAUAGAAAGUGAAAAUGACAACACAAAAUAUUGUACAUUAUGCAAUGAAAAAAUCAAAAUUUACACUUGUCCAAGAUGUGGUAUAGGUUAUUGUAGUUUAAAUUGUUAUAAAUCUGAAAGACAUUUGGAUUGUACAGAAAGUUUUUACAAAGAAUGUGUCGAAGAAGAACUUAAAUCUUUGCAAAAUGAUCCUGAAACUAAACUAAAAAUGCUUGAUAUUUUUAAGAGAUUGAACGAACAAGAUAUAGAAAAUGAUACGUUUGAUAGUGAAGAUAAAGAAUUAGAAUUUGAUGAUGAACUAGACUCAGAUGAUGAAACAGACUUACCUGAUUUGGAAGAAAGAUUAAAGAAUAUUAAUUUAGAUAUACCGGAUGAAAUAUGGGCAGUAUUAAACGACGAAGAAAAACAACAAUUUAAAGCUUUAGUCAAAAGCGGAGAAGCUUCUACAUUAUUACCACCAUGGGUACCAUGGUGGAUAACUUCCAGAAAGCCGUUGAUAGAAAGUUUGGACACAAUAGAAGAAAAUGAAACAAGUAAUGAACAUAAAGCAGAAUAUCCAGAAAUAAUAGAUGUUCCACCAUUUAACAUACAGAAAGUGGUUUCAUCAAAAAUAUUAAAUUCUACCAUCACUAACGUGAUUUACGCUUAUGCCUAUGUAGCCCUUUAUUACAACGGUGAUUACUUAAGCCUUUCAGAAGAAGCUACUAAUAUCUUUCUUAGCAUCUGCGACAGUAUGAGAAUAAACAAAACAUUUGAUAAUGAGUUAUCUGCGCUUCAAUCUGUUAAAGAAAAUAUUAUGAAAAUAGAAUAUUUACCCAAAGACGAACAGACGUUAGUAAACUUUGUAGAAGCUACUAUUUUUAUAAUUAAACAUCCAGAAAAAGAACAAGAUACUUCGCAUACUUGUGCUGCUCUCUCCGAGCUUUGGCGAUUGUUAACAAGUGCACGAGAGGAAAUCAAAGUUAAUAAACAUAAGAAAGUAGAAAAGAAUUUUUCGAAAAAAUUAACUCAAGAUAGUGUAAUAAAAAGUUAUAACUUAUCAAGAAAAAUGUUAUUUGCAUGCACGAAAAAAUUAGAAUUUUAUGUAUCAUGGAUCAAAUCUUAUGGCAAAGAUGUAUUUACAUAAAAUAUAUCAAUAACUUAAGAACAUAACCUAAAAACCGGCAUUAACUAUUACUACACAUGAGGUAGCGUUCUAAAGGAAAACAAAUGUUC